ACUGCAAACAAAUUUCAACGAAAAAAUAAUUUUUAGAGAUAUUCCUAGUCUAAUAAAACGUUACCUGUAAUACGAACACAAUUUCCAUUGUACUACAUAGGACGCAAGAUCGGGGAUUUGAUUGUAAUAGUCGCUUUUGCGUACGAUGCGCCCUAUCCGUCUCGCUUUUUUUGGGGGGUGUUUGUAUCUCUCUCAUACUCGCAGAUGUAUUGAAACUCGAACGUGUGUAGCUGCCGUUCGUUGUUUCUGGUCACGGUCGCUUGCGGUAGAGGCCCACAGCCACAACAUAUCAUCCAAAGAUAAAAACAAAUAUAGGACCGAAUACACUCGAGAAUCGUAAUAAUGAUCGUUUUGAAUAUAACGUAUGCAUAAAUUUAACGAAAAAGUUAUAUAUCACUAUAAAAUAAAAUUAUUAAUGAUUACAAGCGUAAACUAGAAAUUAAAUCACACGAUCUCGAAAUGAGACAUUUUAUACAACGUUGCCAACUAUUUUAAUGUAUAAGAAGAUAUACUUCAAUUUUGUAAAAUUGUGUAUAUUUCAGACUUAAACUAAAAACUUGAUAUAAAAGUUGCUAAACAUCGUUUAAUGUUGAAGAAAUAAGUUAAUAGUCCAGGGCAGUACUUUGAAAAAAUAUUAUUCUCAGUUUAUAUCUCUUAUUUUAUUAAAUGGUUCGUUUUUGUCAAAUUUGAUGCUUAAGAUACUUUCAACGCACAACGCAAUCACCUAAAUAAAAAAAUCUCAGCAAUUUUACUAAUUUUUAAAAAUGAAUUUUCAAAUAUUAGCGUGGUAUAUAAAAAAAAUAUGAUACCUAAAGUGUAUUUAUCUAUAUAAGAAAAAUAGUAAAACGAAACAAUGAUCAGUGCGUGAUCAGCACGUGAGCAUCACGGCGAAACGCGUGGCGGCAUCGUUAUCUGUCCAAAUUAGUGACUCGUGGGAGGGGCCAUCAACGUAUCAAUCUCAAAUUUGUCACUACAUUGAAAAAAAACUCCGACUGAGUGCUGUAAAUUGUUGGUAAGAGAUCUAUGGGGACAUUUCUCUAUCUCGUGCGCGUGUUUUUGAAUGGUGUAAGCGCUUUAGUGAGGUCCUAGAGAGCAAAUCAAAAAUCGAGGCAAUUUUGGUCUUACUAUUUGUCAGUUUUGGCAACACUGCGAAAACGAGAACGGCAUCACUCCAGUACUCGAUCACCCGCUGUAUUCGCCCGAUUUGGCACCGUGCGAUUUUUUUUUGUAUUUUCGAAGAAUCGUAGUGAAAUUUUUUGUAUUUGCACUUAUGAAUAUUAAUAAAAAUAAAUUGUAAGAAAAUGAUGAUUCAAACCUCACGUUUACAUUGUACAUUUUUGUAAUAAUAACUGUGCAUAAUUAUUCAUAAUUUAUAUUAUUAAUCUGAUGUAUGAAAUUGCAAAAUAUUUCUUAAGUGCGAAGUACGGUCCUGUUACAUGCUCGGCUUUGGCGUUUAUUAACCCUGAUCACGUGCACUAUGCGUGAAGUUUCUUACAUAUUAAUUUCCUGCAAAUUUUCAUUUUCAUUUUGUUGAUAAUAAUAAUAAAAAUAUUGAGAAGAAAUUGUUAAAAGCAUCCUACCAAAUGUUGAAAUUCGUCUGUGUGAAAAUAGGAAUAUUCACUAAUAAUCUUGGCAACGCUGUAUUAAGUAGAGAAUCUUCAGCCGAAAGUCACCCAAGGUGAGUUGAAAUUAUAUUUCAAAUUAUUUGAAUAAAAUAAAAACAAGGCGAUUCAAUUGAAUUUAUUGUAUGUAAAAUACCUCAAAAAAAUUUAAUAAUCAUUUUAUAAAUCUUACUUAAAAUAAUUGACAGUUACGUCAAUUCGUUGUCAUAAUUAUUUUCUAAAUUAUCAAAUGAGGAAUCGUUGAAGAUAAGAAAAUUAUAAAAUUGAAAUACGUAAAUCAUGGAUAUAAUUCGUAAAACAAGAGUUAAAUAAACUUACUUAUGUCACAAUUAAAGAAGAAAAUUAAAGUAAGGAAAAGCUCCCUUGAAACAGAUAAAGAUAUCGAUGAUGAUUAUUACAUUCCACUCGCAGCACAAGAUUCAAAAUGGAAAGGAAUAACUUUUAAAGAGCAGCAAAAUAAUAAUAUCGAACAUUUACAAGGUUCUGUGGAAGAAGAAUGUGUAAUUAAAUUAAUAGAUUUGGAAUCGUUGAGCCCAAUGACGCCGUUAUUACUUUUAUUUCCCGAUUUAAGACACGAAGGAGCCCUGGAACAUUUAACGAUGGUAUCCCAAAAAUCGACAUCUUCAUUAACCAAACUACUUUGUGGCAAAAGGGCGAAAUUAGAAUUAUUACGUCAAAGUAAAAAAUUGAAACAAGGGACAACGCUAGAAACAGUCAAAGAAACAAGUGAUAUCGAUUGGAAAGAAUCGAAAGCUUCAGUGCUCGAAUCGAUAAAAAUUGAGGUUACUGAUUCUGAUCCAUAUUUAGUAGAUGAUAAAGAAACAGAAUCAUCCGAACCGAAUUAAACAUUAACAGUUCUUAAAAA